AUGUCUCGUGAGCUGGCUGCUCUAGGCCGCCUCCACAGAGAACAUGUGCUGAAUCCAAUUACGGCGUUGGCAUUUUACACGUCGACUGAUGGGGAGAAAUAUCUCUUGGCGGGAGAAGACACGGACAUUAAGGUCUACCACGUCCAAACCUCUCGCUUUUGUGGGCAGCUGUCCGUAUUCAGCGCCCAAUCUAUCCAUGGCAUCGCCGUACCACCGGCAGACAUAUCCGAGCCGUCUAGUUUAAUUCUUGUCUGGGGUGGACAUUCUGUCAAGAUCUUACCUAGAGAUGUCUUCGAGGACCUCAUCGAGGGCGGGCAGCGUCUGACGAGAGACAUUGCCGAGGCAAGAGCACCAGAUUGGAUUUUCGAUGGAAGGGUUUCUCCCUUUGGAGAUGACCGUAUCCUUCUACUCACUGCUCAUAAUGAGGUUAUCCCGGCUCACGUCGAUCCUAGCCGGGGUAAACUCAUAUUUGACAAGAUCCUAUCCCCUUCGCGACCGAUCCUAUAUUCCGGUAAUUUCUUCUGGGUUUCCAAGGAAAGCGUACUCGUCGCCGCAGGAACGGUUUUCGGGGAGAUACUAGUCUGGAAAUGUUACCUCGGAGUGUCGGAGCAAAAACAGGAUUGUGAGGUCCUUUUCGUAUUCACGGGCCAUGAAGGUUCCAUCUUUGGGGUCCACAUUUCACCAGAGAUCCGGACUCAAGCGGGAGAAAACCUGAGACUGCUAGCUAGUUGUAGUGAUGAUCGGACCAUUCGAGUAUGGGACAUCACUGAAAAACACGAGUCCCAAGAUCCCAAAGGGAAUGGGCAUAAUACCCAUAUCUCAGACGCACGAGAGACUGGAUUUGGCAACAAUGUGGAGGCAUCAGCUCACGAUAACUCUUCAGCAAGAUGCCUAGCUACGGUCAUGGGCCAUGCGUCGAGGAUAUGGCAAGUUGGAUUUCCACAGAACCAACUUUUAUCGCGGACCUCUAACAUCGUUGGGCUCUACUCAUUUGGCGAGGAUGCCACGGCCCAAAAAUGGAACCUCUCCCUAGAUUUACCACUAUCUGAACUUGGCGUUUCUAGUUCCCCUAUCAAGCCCGUUGCCAAGUUAACGCACCAGUCAACUUUCUCAAAUCAUAGUGGGAAGCAUAUUUGGUCUCAUGCUAUGACAUCGGAAGAUGAUGAUAUCCUCAUUGCGACUGGCGGCUCUGAUGGGAAGAUUGCUCUUAUAGGGGUUGGAUUAAAAGGCGGUUCGUCAAGUUUGACAGAUGACAACCCAACAGUAGACAAGAAGAAAGCUAUUGCGUGGUCCCUUACAGAUGUGCUACAAUCAUCCCAAACAAUCGGCGCAACUAUAGACACUAAAACGGGGCCAAAUGACAUUUCAGAUAAUACUCCUUCGCCGUCGCGGAGUACCAAACCUAAAAACGCAAAGGAAGCUUUCAAUCGAUAUACAUUCAUCUCCGAUAAAAGGCUGCUUGCCGCAACUAAUUCAGGUCGGAUUUUUGUCGGUAGUUUUGGGAAUGACCUAACAUGGAUAGAACUGGCUCUCCCUGGUGAAAUUGGGCAGGUACUCUUCUCCCACGCUUUACAUGGUACAUCACCGGCAUAUCCGUUGGCUUUUAUUGGUACAAGCAAUGGCUACAUAUAUUACUAUAGUGAAUCCGGGAACCGAUCUCUUCAGUCACUGGCCAAAGUAGAUGGAAAGGUAGCUGACAUCUUUUGGCUAUCCGAUGCCAGCACAUCUAAUAAAAGCGAAUUCCAAAUUUUCGUUGCUAUCCUACGCAGUACUAACGCAGUAAUCAUUCACGUUAACGCCGAUACUCUGACCACAAGACAAAUUAGCGUCAUUUUAGAGCCAGGUUUCAUGGUCACCGCCGCUGUCUUCAUCCAGGGAUAUCUCGUUCUCGGGUCGAGAAAGGGUAUUAUUGCUGUCUUUAGCCAAGGCGAAGACGGUAACUAUUCCGUUAUACUUACGGUCGAGGUACAUCGAGACGAGGCAAUCACAUCGCUGCUACCUCUUCACAGCCGGGAGGACCGGCCACGCAAAUACAUAUUGAGCACGUGUCGUGACGGCAAGUACAGGAUCCACGAAAUCUCAACAAAGGCUGACCAAUCCGCCGCCGUCCUGAUUCAUGAGGCCUUACCACCGUUCGUGUCCUCAGUCGAGGGGGCCUGGCUCGCCAAUGGCAGUGACGGGACCAGGGACCUGAUGCUCUGCGGUUUUCGGAGCAGCAACUUCGUGGUCUGGAACGAGAGCCGGCGUCACGAGGUCGCCACGGUGGAUUGCGGGGGUUCUUCUAGAAGCUAUGCUUGGGCGCCCAUUCGAUCCCAGCCCGACGGGUUUCGGUUCGUCUUCACGAAGGCGGGGCAGAUGCACGUUUUCUCGCAGACGCAUGCCCCCCAUAGGACGCUAAAGCCAGGGGGCCACGGCCGAGAGGUCAAGGCGGUGAGCGCUUCGCCUGGGCGCUACGUCGCUACCGCGGCCGAGGAUACCGUCGUACGGAUUUGGGAAUACGGUAACGGCGAAGGUGAGGGCGAAGGUGAGCAUUCCGGGCUUAGGUGUGUCGCGGCGCUGGAAAGGCACGCGACGGGUAUCCAGGCCUUGAAAUGGGUUGGAAACGAAUACCUCUUCAGCAGCGGCGGCAAUGAGGAGUUCUUCGUCUGGAGGCUGAAUACGCUGGAGAGCGACGAUUUCGCCGGGCUCGCGGUCGUGUGCGAGGCUGUGUUUCCGGAUAGAUCGGAGAUUGGUGACGCAAGGAUUACGGAUUUCGACGUUACCUGCGUCGGGGGUGAUGGCGGUGGCGCAAAGGAAUUUCGUAUUUCGAUGGCGCUAUCGAACUCGACGUUGCAGACCUACACUUAUGGUAAGGAAGUAGGAUUCCGUCUGUUGAGUAGAUGGACGUAUACGGGAGCGUGCCUCACGCAAGUCCGACAUCUGGGUAGCAGUCAUAUCUUGACCGCGGCAACGGAUGGAUAUUUAGCUAUCUAUGCCAAUACGAGUCAAGCAACAGAUAAAGAUGCAGAUGGUUCCCCUUUACCCAUCGUCGUGAAGCUUCACCAGAACACCAUCAAAGCCCUUGACAUACGCCAGGUAGCUUCCGACAACGCCGGUACCUCGCUCGAAUUCCUUGUUGUCACGGGCGGCGACGAUAACGCGCUGGGCGUUGUGCAUAUUUGCAUUUCUCCGAGCUCUCCCCCUUCGCUUCCUGCUUCCCCCCCAGGAGGAGGCGCGGCGGAGGUCACAGUUAAAAGUAAAUCCAUCAUCCGCUCCGCCCACGCCGCCGGUAUUACGGGUGCUGCUAUCGCGCACCUCGGCGGGGAUAGCGCCGUCGUCGUUACGGGAAGCAAUGAUCAGCGUAUUAGAGUCUGGCGGUUGGCCGGCUGGUGUGGGGAUGAAAAGGAGAAGGAGAAGGAGAAGGAGAGGAUCAGGGCGCAAUUACUAGAGGAUCGGUAUAGUGCCGUGGCUGAUGCUGGGGGCUUGGAAGUUUUUGAAAGGGGGAAGAAGGCGAUUGUCGUAGGCGUUGGUUUUGAGGUCUGGGACUUGCAUGCUUUGAGUGAUGGGGUGAUAUGA